AUGACAUGUGGUUUAACUAAUGCAUUAGAGCGUGAUAGGUUCCAUGAAGUCUACGUUGAACAAUUGGACAAGAUACUUGCUCGCCUUCGUGAACGUAUUUGCAAAUUGUCGGGGAAGAAAACGGAAAUGGUUAAGAAACUCAGGACGUUGAGAAUUCAUGAGCAACAACAUACGGAGGUGGCAUCGUUUACUAGUCACCGUGAUUUACAGCCAUCAACAAUUUGGAGUGGAGGAGCAGAUGAAUCACAAAUCUAUUGA